AUGCCUUUAAAAGGUAUUCCUCAAUUAAUUUCACCUGAAUUACUCUAUGCAUUGGCAUCGAUGGGUCAUGGAGAUGAAAUCGUAUUAGCUGAUUCGAAUUUUCCAUCAGAAUCAAUAGCACGAGCAAAUGGCGCUCGUUUAAUUUCUUGUGAUGGUUUACCAAUCCCUAGAUUACUUCGACAAAUUUUAAAAUUAUUUCCAUUAGAUCAAUAUGUGACUGAACCAGUUGCAUUAAUGGAUCUUGUUGAUAAUGAUAAAAAAAAAGGUUUAGAUGUUCCUAUAUGGAAUGAAUAUAAACAAAUUGUUGGAAAUAAUGUUCAAUUUGAAAUGGUUGAACGUUUUCAAUUCUAUGAACGAGCAAAAAAAUGUUUCGCUGUUGUUCGUACAGGUGAAAGUGCAAUUUAUGCAAAUAUUAUUUUAAAAAAAGGUGUUGUUACUAAAAAUCCAUCGAAAAAAGAAAAUGAAGAUGAUGCGGAAUAA